AUGCCCGAAUUGCAACCUAUCGUAAUCCUCGGUGUUAUUUUGGUGUCAUUUCCAUUACAAUUACUACUUUCUCCUUCUGCUACGUCAGAUAUUAAAUAUCACUUGCAAAUAUUAACUGAUCGUAUUCUCGAUUUCCUCAAAGACUAUGGGUACCAACCACCUGGGGCUGAACAGCGCCAGAAAUUAUUUGCUCAUCAUCGAUUUUUACCUGAAGAGGCUAAUGCCGAAAAAGAGUAUUAUGCCUCUUCGAAGAAGGUUCGACAGCGAACAUCUGAUAUGAAAUUUCGAAUUGGAGAUGUUGUUUACAAUAAACUGCGGAAAUAUCGUGGGCUGGUAAUUGGUUGGGAUCUUCGCGCUCAUGCUCCGCCUGAGUUUAUGGAUGCUUUGAAGCAGUCCGAGGAAUGGCAGGAUGGGCCUCAUUAUGCUAUAUUAAUAGAUGGAAAAGAUCGUUUGCAACCGGAAAUGGGAUAUUCGCCUCAGAUGAGUUUGGUCUUGAGUGAAGGCCGCAUUCACCAUCAUUUGAUCUCGCGAUAUGCAGAGCGUUAUGACGAAAAGUUGAAAAAAUACGUUCUCCGUCCUCGCUUACGAGACACUUAUCCUGAUGAUUAG